UUCAUUCAUUCAUUCGUGUUUAUUCAUCCUGUAGAUCAGAUUACAUUGAUAUAGGACAUGUCACAUAAUAUAAAUUAUAAAAUUAACAAAAUACAGUAGAUUCUAAACCAGUAAACACAAGAUAUGUAAUGAUUAUUUACAUCUAGAUGUAUCAAACUUUCAAAAGGACAUCGUGCUGCAUGUAAAAAAAUGUUUUUCGUGAGUGUGUUAGUUGCAUUUAGUUGGAAUAAACGAGGAUUUUGAAUUUAAUACGAUUUCUGUUUGACGUCUUUUCCCAGCUUCGGCGGUCAUUUGCUUCCAUUGCUUCCGUAAUCACCUCUUGGGGGUAUUGCGUAUGCGUACAACCUUGGUUACCUUGAACCCGACACCAGUUCCACCACCUCAACCUUCCUGGUUGGGUUUACAGACUACUUGGCAGUAUACUUAUGGAAGUGUGGGCGAUAAGGAGAAGGUAUUGCCUUAGAUUUAACAGUGAUGCAGGUAUGUUUUGUUAAUGUGAUGACAUGGAAAAUAUUUCCAGAAAAAAAUACUUUUCUUCUCUGAAAAACAGAGGAAGGUACAAAGUGGCAGAAAUUAUAUCAAACUGUGUUGGUGCUGAUCUUCAUAUGAAACAUGAGAGUGUUAUCCUGUAAGAUAUUUUUCAACCAAGGAAACUUGAAACAUGUGCAACCCUCAGUUGUGGUGUGUCAGAAGAGGAGCAGGUCAAACAAGGACGAUGAUUACCAGUAUCUUCAAAGGAGUAAAGUACCUACAUUACAUUUCCAAGCUUCUCUGCCAAGACUUCCAAUUCCAGAACUGCAGAAAACUUGUGACCGUUAUCUAGCAGCUCAGCGGCCAUUGCUGUCAGCACAAGACUAUGCUAAGACUGAAGCUAUUGUCUCUGAGUUCAAGAAAGGGGAGGGAUUCUCUCUUCAGAAACAACUAAAGGACUGGGACGAGAAGAACAAACACACAAGUUAUAUUUCUGAACUUUGGUUUGACAAGUAUCUAAGUGACAGAGUUCCACUCCCAAUUAACUAUAACCCACAAAUUGUGUUUGUUAAUGAGAAAAAGCCUGGGUAUGGUACUCAGUUGAUCCGUGCAACCAACAUGCUCAUAUCAUCACUCAGGUUCAUGAAGUCCAUCCGAGCUGAGAUUCUGGAACCAGAAGUAUUUCAUUUGAAUCCUAAGAAAAGUGACACCAAACUAUUCCGAACGGUGACACGUCUCUUGCCGUCAUCACUCUCUUGGUAUGGUGCAUAUCUCUUUGGGGCUUUUCCACUGGAUAUGUCCCAAUAUGGAAGUUUGUUCAAUACUACAAGAAUACCAAAGAUUAACAAAGAUUCUCUUUUUCAAAAUGAAUAUGCCAAGCACAUGGUUGUGAUGAAGGGAGGAAAUUUCUAUGUUUUUGAUGUUUUUGAUAAAGAUGGUAAUAUUCUGCAGCCAGCAGACCUUUUGGCAUGUUUGAAGUACAUUUUGGAUGAUACAACUCCUCCAGCUGAGCACCCCAUUGGAGUAUUAACUACUGAGAACAGGAAUACAUGGGCUAAAGCAAGGCAACAUCUAGAAAAUAUAGGCAAUGUUGAUGUUUUAUCUUUAAUUGAUUCAGGCAUCUUUACUUUGUGCUUUGAUGAUGUUGAAAUUGCUGGGGAUCUCUACUUUUUGCUGCGCCAUUUUUUACACAGUGAUGGACAGAAUAGGUGGUUUGAUAAAUCAUUUUCGAUGCUCAUAACCAAGGAUGGAUAUGCGGCUCUAAAUUUUGAACACUCAUGGGGAGAUGGAGUUGCUAUCCUUCGAUAUUUCCAAGACAUGUUGAAAGACAGUUCUGAGAAUCCACGAAUUCACCCAGACACAAAGCCAUCCAACUGUAGACCAGAGAGUUUGGUCAGAAAAUUAGAAUUCAAAUUGGAUGAUAAAGCAAAAGAUUAUGUUUCUCAAGGUAAGAAAAAUUAUGAGGCCUUCUGCAAUUCCCUUCACAUCACUUACAUCGAGAUUCUAAAUCACGGUAGGAAGGACUGCAGGAAUUUCAAAGUUAGCCCGGAUUCACUCAUGCAGCUCGCUUUUCAGGUGGCAUUCCACAAGCAAGUUGGGAAGUUUGUGGCUACCUAUGAGUCUAGUAGUACAGCAGCCUUCAAACAUGGAAGAACAGAAACUCUCAGACCAUGCACAAUGGCUACAAAGACAUUCUGUGAAGCUGUGAAUAGGUCUAACAGACCAAGCAAUUCAGAGUUAGCUGCAAUGAUUAAGAAGUGUUCAGAAGUUCAUGUUACUCUCACAAAAGAAGCUGCUAUGGGUCAAGGAUUUGAUCGUCAUCUAUUUGGACUUCGUAGGCUUGCAGAGCAAGGUGGAGGAAAGUUGCCUGCAAUCUUCCAAGAUCCAGCAUAUGCUGCCAUAAAUCACAAUAUACUUUCUACUUCUACACUUUCAUCACCUUCAGUCAGAGCUGGAGGGUUUGGACCCGUUGUAAAGGAUGGAUUUGGUCUAGCCUAUAGCAUAUGGGACGAAAGUCUAGGUGCUGUUGUGGCAAGUUAUCCUCCAGCAAGAGAUGGUCCAGGCUACAUAGACUGCUUAAGAGCUGCCUUUGAUGAUAUUUUUGAAAUCUUGAAGUCAUCAAACACAUGAAGUGGAAACAUGUUAUAUUCUAUGCAAUUCCAACUGAAAAGUAAGAUACAGAGUUGUCAUAAUAUCUGCUUUUCCUUCGUGGCCUUUUAUAUAAGUGUACAAUUAUCAAUCAAAUACUGAAGCGUUUGUAAAGAGUUUUUUUAUGGCUGUUACUGGGUGAUAGGUGCACUGGAUAUGUUUAGAAGGGCACUGGCCUUUACAGAAGAAAUUGGAUACAAUUGGAAGUUUCAGUCUGGUAUCUGCAGUUAUGUAACACAACUUAUUUUGCAUUGGCAGAGUGAAGUUCAAUUAGCACAAUUAUUACACAUUAUGGGUGCCAUAUGUAAUGUAGCUUGUACUGUAAAGUAAAAUCCAAGGCAAAGGGACAUUGAAGGCAUUCUGUGUCAGAUCAUGCCAUAAAAAUGCAGUUUUCAGCCAGGCCUCCUUGAAUUUCAGUUGUAUGUGUUAUGUGUCAUUCCAAGUCAAAGAGCCCAGCUGGUCUGUAUUAAACAUGGGCAUGUCAUAUCUCAUGGAAGUAUGUUUCAUUACUGGUCGAGUGAGCCAAAAUUAAGCUCCAACUCAAUUAGGGCUAGAGUUAGAACAGUCUUUGCAUAGUGUGUUACGAAAAAAAAAAGCCAUCUGUUUCAGUCUCCAUUUCUGCUAUAAAAAACUGUUAAGAGUGUAGAGCACAUGUCUGCAACCAGUGGCCUAUGGGUGGGUCUUGUGACCUGUGAAUCCUUUUUGUGAAGCUCAUCUAUGAAUUAUAAUAAACCAAAAAGUGCAGAACUUUAGGGAAUCAUUCAACAUUCUAUGGCCAAAGUAAAAUAAUUUGAAAACUGUAACGAUAUCGGAUAAAAUAUAACUGUUGUAUGUAUACAACAAACAUACCUAUGCACUAAUGAUUAUAUUUUUAUUUCUUGUUUAUGUGUGAGUUGUGCAUCCUACACUAAAAGGUGGAAGUUGGAUGCAGUUUGCCAGUGCCAAAAGAUUGCCAACUCUUGGUGUAGGAAACUAAAAUUUGCCAUUUUCAUUCAUUUUGAUUAAAAGUUGGAACCCUCAUACAUACAGCAACACUGAUGAUAUAUGUAAUGCCAUAAUUUCAUAACUUAUUGAAGUCUACUCCAAACUUUAUAAGAGGAAAUGGUAGCUUGUACACACAGAAAUAUGCGAUUUUGUAAAUGUUUUUGUUACACUUCAUAUGCCAUGACUUAGCAGUACAAUAUUUCACCAAACUUUGUGUAAUACUUAUACUAUGUUUUGAUACAGCAUUUUUAUAGUUAAGUUUUCUAAGUCAUAAAUUGUCAGAAAGUGAAUGUUAAGUCAUAACUUGUUCUGUCUUUACAAGGACUUACUGUUUACCACAGAGUUUCAAGUUUCUGAUAGAAAUAAAGUGUUGUCUAUUAUA